GGCAGAAACUUGUUGGAUGAAUAUCCAUCUGGAUAUCCUCGAGAUUCGAAAAGACGAUUGAAUCCAUAGCGAUCGCUCCUCGGCCUGUCAAUUCCAUGUCGAAAUAUCUCAACCAUCCGUCGGAGCUUUGUUUCGUACCUCGAAGCUCAGAUUUCCAAGUAUUUUGCCAGUCGUCAACAUGUCAAGAAUCAAGAUGCACAAAGAAACGGCGCCUCAUUGCUUGAAUGGCGUGUACCCGAAUACGUCAUAGACGGGAAAUGCUCAAGACUAUCUAGGUGGGCAGGAUCGAAUCAACAUUCCUAACCGUUUCUUAUAAUAUUGAUAAGACAUAUGGGGAUGCCAUACAAAGCCAAGCUAUAUUUUCUUUUCCCAUGAUACAUGAUAUCGAAUUCUCAACUCUCAAUGUUCUCUCCAUUGUAACACUCAGCAACAUCCUCAUUUCAUUCGACUCCAAUACCGCCUUUCCUCGGCCUUUGGCCACAUUGAUACGGUCUUCCUCAUCUGCCAAUUCGACACAGAAUCAUGGAUACAGGUACCUUCCACGAUGUUCCGAGUCUCAACGACCCCCACGCUGUACCAACAGAUCCCUAUCGUGGACGCGCGCAACCAAUUCACAAUCUACCUAUCAGAGUCGAAGCCCACGAAGAAGACAUACCUACUGAUAGCCAUGCUCUCGCAAUCGCAGAUCACGAAGAAAAGGGUGCAGCACAACUAGAUCAUGGAAGUGUUGAAGUGAGAGAUUUGGGCUGGAAUGAUCAGCAUGACGAUUUUCCCACCCCCCUGGUCGGAGGUUUACCAAACGAAGACCUAUGGACUUUAAUUCGGCGAUUCAAUAAGCAGAUGUAUCAUGUCAAAUCGCUGCCAGAGCCACCACUUGGAGGCCUGGACUUGAAUAUUGCGGAUGAAGAGGAAUUCUCACCAGAUAAGUUGAGGGCAAAUGUAGAGCGACUGUAUAUGACAGUGAUCGUCGGACUUGUGACCUUUUGGAAACAUAUUGCGAGGUUGAGGUCAUGGAGGGAAAGAGAUCGCACAAUUGUUUUCGCAUCAGUCUACUUCCUGGCUUGGCUGAUAGACUUCCUAGUGCCAACCAUCGUUGGAUUUCUGAUUGUUCUUAUAGCAUGGCCGCCAGCAAGAGAAUACUGCUUUCCUCCAGCACCACCCGCACUUAUUGAUAGCACAACAGGAGGAAUCAAGAAGCCGACUGCAGGAGUGCUGGGUAACGAUACUAGUUUGACUGGAGCCCCCGAGAAAUACCGAGGAGAGGCAGUUGAAAAAGAAGCUAGCAACUUCGUAAAUAGCUUUACCUCCAUUGCAAUCAGUAGUACAGCGGGGAAGCACCCCCAGGGAGACCCAUCUAGCGAUGAGGCGGCGCCCAGCGCUCUCGAAGACGCAACGCCAGACCUAACAAACCUUGCAGUCCAUGCCGCAGAUGCAAAGGGAAGUAGUGCAGGGGAUCAAACAAAUAGCCUACAUGAUAAAACAAAGGAGCCAAUGUCGGCAGCGAUGUGGUCAAAAACCAGACCUGUUAUGCAUACCAUUGCUGACAUAUCUGAUGGAUGGGAGAGGUUUGCAAAUGCAUUGUCUCCAACACCACCAUUUCCUCUUGACACACCUCGACUGAAGCUCGCUGGCUGUCUUGCACCUUUGCUCCUUAUCUCUAUGUUUACCAGUACCUAUAUGUUCAUGAAAAUGAAUGGGUUGUUCAUUGGGUUUGGGUUUUUUGGGGAUCCGUUGAUUUGGAGAGGGCUUUCAUACUUGAAUGGCGAAUUCCCGAAUUGGCAGAAGCUAUUGGAGAUUAGAAACACUUUACUCAAAGGUGUCCCAACAAAUGCCCAACUUACAAUCACAUUAUUGCGAAUUGGUGAAGCCAAUAAAGCUCCAAUUCCACCACCUCCAUCCUCGUCCUUACCACCACCUGAUGUUGCGCACGCUACAGCGGGAGAGGAUCUCGAUCACCUUGAAGGUGUAUCCGAGGCAGAAAUGGCUGAUGCCAUCCAUCCCGACAUGGAUGCGACCACAACCAGCAUAGAUCAGUCAAAACCUAAGAAGAAAGGCCACCGUCUGUUGGCGGCCUUUAAAAGUGUUACCAAAGGCGGUGUCGAGACUGCCCUGGGAACGGAUAGAUUGAAGGCUGCAGCUGGAGCAGAACAUGCGAAAAAUCGUCUUGGUGUUUUAAAGGAUGGGACGGACGAUCCGGCGGGUCCUAUACGCUUUCCCUCUAGAUACAAGGGUCAGAAAGGACAUGCAUAUAUCACAGCCACCGCAACAACUCCGGCAUUGAGCUGGACGACCGAGAAAGAGGACAUUGAUCCCGUCUUCUCCAUAGCGAUAGCUGAUAUUAUGGAGAUUAAGAAGGUUGGUGGGCUAGGUUGGAAAAGUAAGCUCGUAGUAGGGUGGGCUACAUCACGAGAAAUUGCGGAUGGACUUCUUGUCAUCGACAAAGCCGGGGACCGAAAACAACUUACCGCCAUCGCAUUACGGGAGGAAUUGUUCAAUCGCCUAGUUUCCGUGGGCGCACAAAUGUGGGAAGCAUGGUAGAGAGCGUUUGGACGCUCAUUGGUUUUGUGUCUUGGUUCCCUGCUCUCCUUGGCCUGCAUCGAUUGGGGUGCAACGAUAUUAGUAGAAAGGCGCUUAUCGAGAACGUCAAAUACAUAUGUAGUGUUUGUUAUCUCGAAGCGAAAAGUAAAGCCAUAGGUUCCCAGGUGGCCAAUUGCCCCAAAAUAACUACCGAAUAAAACUUGCUUGUUUUCUAGGGUCGUCAUUGCAGAUGCUCGGCAGUCAAACCCUGACUUCUAUAUACAGAGAGCUCUUGUACAUGGUCCUGCGUAAGGUUGCAUAAGCGGUCGAAGAAUGAAGUUUGAAUGGCUGGGGAUGAA